CUUCCAGCCAAUGGGAUGUGUCCGGGCGGAGAGAUUCAAUUCAAACGGAGCGAGCGGCGAAGUGAGCUGGUGUCGGUUGGACAGUGUCUUUAGUGUGAGAACUGAGGCAUCGAGAGUGGAGAAAGAAGGAGGAGGAGGAGGAGCGAGCCAGAAUAAACUUUGCAUCAAAUAAGAUUUAUUUGUAAAGCAAAAAUGGAAGAUAAAGAAAAUGCUCCUGGAAUAUGUAUUCUGGGGGAAAAUACAGCUUCUCCAAAGGGCUUAAGGUCUCCCAAUGCCCUGAAGCAAAUUGAUACAGCUUCUUCUAAUUCUGUAUUUGACUUUGCUGAAAAUAAAAUCAAGGGUGUCUCACUCAGUCAGGCAUUUUUACACAAAAGAAAUACAAAGGAUACACAGCUAAAAACAACUACACCCAACCCUGGUGCAUGCCUCUCUGAGAAGCGUGUGCCUGGCUCAUAUCGGGGUAAGAUAGUGUCGUCUAAGAUCAACUCCUUCAGAAAUGUUCCAAGGAAUGUGGGGAGCAGGAAUUCCCUGGCUGCCCCCCCUAAGUCAGUGGUGAGAACAGGAUCCACAGGCAAUAGUAAAUGUACUAAGGACACCCAAAUCACCAGUACAGUAGGUGCUUCUAAGGCUGAGGCUGUAACCUCAGUUCAGACCAGGCCUCCUGUGAAAGUGUCUGUUAGCCAGCCCAAGGCCAUUCUGAAUCCUGAGAAUCAAUCUGCCAGAAGUACAUCAGCACAUAAAGGAGGAGCCCAAAUAAACUUUGUCAGAAACUGGAAGCCAGUGUUAAAGUCUAUUCCAGCCAGUGCUAAUAGUUCUGUGCAUGCAACAAAAAAACCUCCUGUACCUAAAACUGUAACAGGAAACUUAGCAGGACCUGCUUCUCAGGCUCGUAGGACUGUGUCAACUUCAAAAUCGUUUGUCAGAAGGGAAACACUUCCGGCAACAUCUUCACAAAUGAGAAGAACUCAGCUGGCUGAGUGGCGGAUGCUGAAAGGGAUCAAGAAACCAUCUGCUUCAAUAUCUGCAGAUACUCAGCCUGAAACAGAAACAGCUGAGCAAAUGGUAAAAGAGCCAACUAAGUCCUUUUGGGCUGCCAUAGCCGAAGAAGAUGAGCAAGGACUCAUCACUGACAAAGCCAAUAAGACACUUGCAGAAUGUUUGUCCUUAAUUGAGAUGGGUUCUCCUGGAACAGUGCAUCACACUUUGGAAACACUCAUACUGACUAUUCCAGAUGCAAAAAAGCUUGCAAAGUAUUGGGUGUGUCAGAUGCGUCUUGAACAAUUUCACUCUACUGAAAAGGUCCUUUGCAUUUAUGAAAAUGCAGUUCUGGCAGGAGCACAGCCAACCGAAGAGCUACGUCAUGUGUUAGUCGAAGUAAUGAAGAGUACAGCUAAUCUAAGGAAAUCUGAUGAGGAACUUGUGAGGGAACAAAUCACUCAAAACGAUGAGGCCAAAGAAGGAAAUUUAGAUAAAAAUACAUCAGAAAAUAUUUCCAAAGAUGAUCCUGCAAAUGAAAAUGAGGAAUCUAGUAGUGAAGAAGAUUCCCAAAAAGCAACAGAUGCUUGUUUAAAGUCUGAACAAGAAAAAAAUGAACAGAGCAGUAAGCCUCUAUUACAGGAAAAAGAUCAGAGUGAAAGCCACACAGAUGAAAUUUUGGAGUCAAAAUCUGAUGACAAAGUGGGCUCCUACUUAAUUAAAUAUAAUUUGUCAACUACUCCUUUUUUGGAAAGCGCAAAGAAAAAGCUACAGUGUGAAUCCAAUGAUUCUGCUAUUAAGGACCUGAAAUUUCUAACUCCUGUAAGACGCUCUCGCCGCAUACAUCAGAAGUUAUCCAAGUUGCCAGACGGGUUGAAAGAGCAGAGCCCUUGUGUGUCUUCGCUUGAACAGCUUGAACAAUGGGGAGAUGCUAGCACUGGUUUCAUCUACAGGCCAAACAGCGCCCUGAAAAAAGUUUCUAUCAACCUACAAGAGCAGUACAAAGAAUGAGUUUUAAAUGUUUGAAGAUUUUAUUUGUGUACAGCUCCUGUAAAUGAAAAGCCCUCUUUAACUUUGGUUAAUAAUAAUAACAACAACAACUUUAAUUAAUUUUUCACUGUUGUAGUGCAUUGUACAAUUUUUAUAAAUGUGUUUUAUUGUAAGCCGCCCUGAGUCCCCUGUUGGGUGAGAAGGGCAGGAUAUAAAUAUUGCAAUAAAUAAUAAAUAAACUUUAUUUUUAUACCCCGCCACCAUCUCCCCAAAGGGACUCAAGGCGGCGGCUUAAAUAUGGGACAGAAAAUCCAACAAACAAAAGAAAACAAUCCAUUAAAACAAAACCAUUACUAAAAUAAAAUAAAAAUAUAGGUAUAUAUUAUCUGUCCCUUAGGGGAGAUGAUGGCGGGGUAUAAAUAAAGUUUAUUAUUAUUAUUAUUGGUACUAAAAUAUCCAAUAAGCCACAGGGGUGAUGCAUUCCCAGCUCUUGUGGCCUUGGCAAUGGCUCAUUGAGAUGGGCUUUCACUAACCUAUUUUUAUUUUAACCAUAAAACGGCUUUAACAGAUGUGAGCUUUUAACUGUGUUUGUCUGUCGCCUAUCUUCAGGCAUGUAAAAUAUGUGGCUAGGAUCCAACUGAGACCUUGAACUGAUAGAGGGAGCUUUUCUGCCAACCUUGGUGCAGGGAUUUUCUUCCUUUGCCUUACUUAAAACUUCCCAAUCCAUUAAAGCAGAAGUUGAAAGGUCCAUACAGGUUGAAUGGGAAAAACAGUACUCUUAACAAAAUUUCUUGAUAAAGAGUUCUUCCUUAGCCAGGACUCGCUUGGGCUUUGUCUAAAAUUUCUUGUCUGUCUUAACUAUAUUUCUGAAACGUUUGUGCUUUAAGAAGAAUAGUUGAAAUAAAUCUUAUUGUUAGCAAAAUACCAUAUUCUUUAUUUGAGCAGAUUAAUAGCUUAAAGGAUAAGAAGUAAACUUCUCAGUAUUACAUAGUGGUGCUAAGUGUCAGGAACUGCUCAGCUUUGCAGCCUAAUGCACUACUGCCACCAGGUAGUAGUGCAUUAGGCUGAGCUGUGGGCAGCUGGCUUCUACAGUGGCACUAACACUGCCAUGCAUUGUGGAGCUAUAAGAAAAACAAACUCCAUGUUGGCCAUAAUUCUAAAUGGAAUUGGAGAUUGGGAAGUACCUAUACCAUACCGCCCAUAGUAUAACCAUGUCUAUAAUACUGUAGAUUUCUGGUCACUGCACUUACAUAGUAGAUCUAGGGAAAAUAUAAAAAAAUCACCACGGCACUAGAGCCAGUUACCUGAGUGAAAUGGUUUCCACAUUCAGUGCUGUGAAACGGAAGUAACGUUUAUAAAAUAGCACUAUCAGAAGAAGUGGAAUGAUGACCCUCAAGGCAGAUACAGGGAAGUAUGUCACGCAGUGCAUUACUAUAGCGUUUGGGGCAUACAAUGUAGUCAAUUUGGACAGCAUUAAAAAGGGAAUUUGAUAAUUUGUGGGGUUUAGGGGAUAUGAAAGUAUAAUUGUGCCUUUGUUUGAUGCCAUGUUUUUGCCUUCCUGCUUGUUAGACUCAUAGAGAGCCAGUAGAAUCUGUAUUAGCCAGCUUAGACCAAUGAAAUGAUUUGAUCUUUGUAUACCAAUGAGAACAUGCUUUCAAUUUUCUGUGAAAGUGAAAAAGCCUUGCCAACCCCAUUUCAAGUUGCAACAUAACAGUGGUCACUGCUGCCACCUUAUUGGUAGGCCCGCAAUAAAUAGCCUUUGUAGAAGAA